AAAAUACUCUCAAAUCGGUAGGGUGUACACAAUUCUCCAAAACCCCUGCUAAACCCUUAAACUCGCCUCAGCUCAUUUUGAGAGAACAGGGGAGGAGACAUGACGAUUAUGAGAACCAUCGGCCGAUUGCUCCUCCAAGAAUCGUCUGCAUCUUCUCCUCCACGGUGGUUGUGUACCGCGGCGGAGAAAGCAGCUCCGGGGCCGAAACAGAGGAGGAAAACAGUUAUCUUCCAUAAAGUGGCCAAGGCGAACUCCAAGUCCACUGUACCAGAUAUUCUGGACAAAUGGGUGAGUGAGGGAAAAGAAGUAAGGAGAUAUGAUAUUACGGACCUCAGCAAUUAUUUCCGCAAGCACAAGAAGUUCCAGGCUGCUCUCCAGCUGUACGACUGGAUGCAAAGCAGCAAACUUGAAUUAACUGAUGCUGAUCAUGCCAUACGAAUUGACCUACUUUGCAAGACUGGAGGUGUAGCUUCUGCAGAAAAAUACUUCAAUAGCCUUCAAGUAUCAGACAAAACCAGAAAAACCUAUGGAGCACUUCUUGGCUGUUACUGCAAGGAAAGAGUUCUUGACAAGGCUUUGGAGAUAUUUGAGGAGAUGAAGGUAUCCAAUUACAUGUCCACUCUAAAUUACAACAAUCUGGCGUCACUUUAUUAUAGCAUGGAGCAGCCUGCAAAAGUUGUCUCUUUAGUGCAAGAAAUGGAGGAGAACAAUAUUGCUCCUGACAUUUACACUUACAACCUGUUGAUUAAUAGUUAUGCUGCUAUGAAAAACUUAGAUGCCAUUGACGAAGUUCUGGAGAAGAUGAAAAGCAAUAACAUGGACUGUAAUUUGUUUACAUAUGGAAAUAUGGCAACCAUAUAUUGUAAUUCUGGACUGCAUGAGAAGGCCAAUGCUUUUCUUGGACUGAUGGAGAAUAUGAAAAUGCAACCUGAUGAUGAUGUAUUUGAAGCCUGCCGCACCCGUAUCAAGUUGUAUUCUGAGAUGAACAAUAGAUCAGGUGUUAAUCGAACGUGGGAGGCUCUGAAGUCGGCCUUUCCAACCCCCAAUAAUACUAGUUACCUUUUCAUGCUUUUGGCUCUUUCCAAACUGGGAGAUCAGGAGAACCUUGAGAAGCUCUUUAAGGAGUGGGAAGAAGGCUGCUCCAGUUAUGAUUACAGACUGCCGAAUGUGCUGCUAGAAUAUUAUAUCAACCGAAACAUGAUUGAAGAAGCCAGUUCUCUCUACGACAGCCUGGCGAACAGAGGGGACGAACCCAAUUUGAGGACACUAAACUUGUUUGCAGCUUUAUGCGUAAAAACCAGCCAGAUAGAUUUGGCUCUCAAGUAUCUGGAGACCGGUUUGAGUAAGGCAAAACCUGGGAAACGCAAGUGGUUCCCCACAGAUGAAACCAUUAAAUUCUUCCUCAAUUAUUUUCAGGGGAACAAUGAUGCGGAUAGAGCUGAGAAGUUCAUUCAGAUCAUGAAGAAGACCAACCGUGUCGACACCAAUUCUUUGCUUUCGAACAUUAAAGCUUCCGAUUCAGGGAUCUAACUUAUGCUAUAAUAACUGUUGGAGAUUAAUGUGAGCACCUAAAUUCAGAAGCUGUACAAGUGAAAUGUCCUGGUAAUAGUUGACAGUGGGCAAUUUAAAUGUAUCCUUAACAUUCUAUCUUUCUGCAUGCUCAUUUAAGAGCUAAACUGAACAUCAGAUGUUACCAUUGUUCAUAGGGCAAUGCUCUCUCCUUUUCAGGUUUCUUGUAAUUA